CUGCCUUGUAAGUUUUGACCACCUCGCCUAUAACAAUGCCACCAGCAGCCUAUCGUCCCUUUUAUUACCGUUAGGAUCUCAAAUCCACAGCCGCAAUGCAACUUCUGCUACUCUUUCACUCUUAACUCUCACUCUAUUGUACUACUCUCUGCUCCAGGCCAUAAUUCUUGAAAUGGGGUGUUGUAUAAGCUGCAGUGCUAAAAGAAGGCCACAUCAAUGGAGAGCCCCAGACCACCAUCUUUCUCAACCAAAACUUCCUGCACCAGAACACAAGAAGUGUCAUGUCGCCGCAACCCCACCCGCUGCUUCACUUGAAGAAGAAACAGUAAAAGAAGUACUCUCUGAAACACCCAUCCCGAACUUACCACAAACGAGUCAAUCAACACAGCAGAAGACCACCCAAAUCCCCAUCUUCCACUAUCCUAAAAGAGAAGGCAACAAAAGAAAAGACGAGAAAGAAAUCGAAAGAACCCCUGAAAUCUCUCAAACCUCGGAGGUAUGCAGCAUUACUGACACUUACUCAACGACAACAACAGCAACGACAGCCACUGCUGUAACAGAGAUAAGAGAAGACGAGGUAACGAGCAAGAAAACAGUCAACAGAUCUCUAGUUAAAGCACCCAUAAAGCGUCCAUACAACGGCGAGAGAGAAAGAGGAAUAAAACCUCCGGUAAAGAGGGAGCUAUCCAGUCAGGCGAGGGCUAUGCAGCGCAAUGAAGGGUCUGUCAGAGUUGGAAGGGAACUAAGGGAGCGGUCAGGCCAACGGUCAGCGUCAGCGGCAACGCGGACGAUAUCCGGUAGUGUGGUAAGGGGUGCGGGAGAAAGCCCAGCCAAUAUAACUGGGAAAUCCGGUGGCAGGCAAGGGGAGGCGGGAGUGAGAGUAGGAAGUGGAGUAAAGAAACAGGUGAAAAGCGAAGAAAACGACAGCGUGCCGAUGCAUCUGCAGCAGCAGAAUGAGCCUGUUUCUCUUGAGGACCCACUUGUGUCCUUGGAAUGCUUCAUCUUUGUGUAAUUACUUGCUGCUGGUUUUUGAAAUUUUGGAAAGUGUUUUCCGGUUUUUCAAAAGUAAAAGAACCUGAAGCUGAAGCGGGUC